AUUUGUCUGGGAAUAGGAUUGAAAGGAUUGAGGAUACCUUCUCCAAGAAGAGAAUGAGACUGGAUAGAAUGAACCUGGCAAACAAUCGGAUUCUAACCCUGGAGAAAAAUGAAUUCAGUAACUUUGCCUGGUUGAACUUUACUUCCCUUCAGGGGAACCCUCUUCAUACAAUACAGGACUACGCUUUCAGUGAAUCUGAAAUACGACAUCUUGAUCUACAGAACUGCCAGAUUGGGAAUAUUCUUCCAGCAGCGUUCAGAGGAUUGGAGCGAAGCCUACAGGAGCUAAAUCUAGCCAGUAACCGAUUAUCAAUCCUACCAUACAACGUAUUCGAGGAUUUUGAUUCAAUUCGUAAGAUUGAUCUAAGUGAUAAUGUGUUGGCGAUCUCUCCUAACUAUACUUUUAGUGAGUUUAGAUACGCACUUCUUGAUCUAGAUCUCAGUGGAGAUCUGAUGCGUCAUGUUCCAAGCAGAGAGAUAGGACUUCUCAGAAAUUUGAGACAUUUAUCUCUACCUUCUCUGCACAGCUACGGGAAUCUUAGGCUGAGUCAGUUCGAGGAUUUUCCGCCAGGGCUGGAGGAAAUUAGUUUAGUCAACUCAGACAUAAAGGUGAUCAGAAACAAUGCAUUCUAUCAUGUUCCAAGCGUAUCAUCUCUAGAUUUAUCUGGAAACAAAAUCCAAAGGAUUGAAGAAAUUGCCUUCAAAGAAAUAGGAAAUUCUCUCAGGAGCCUCAGGAUGCGACAUGCUCUUCACCUUACAGAACUACCAAACCAACCUUUUCAGAACCUUGUUUCUUUAAUUCUACUGGACCUUAGUGACAAUCAUUUGGUUUCCAUACCUCUGGAUACUUUACAUAAAAUGAAGAAUUUGAGAGAGCUGUACCUCCAGGAUAAUAAGCUGACCGGGUUCAUGAGAGGAACUCUACAUAGCCAGGCGAACCCUGAGUUAAGGAUCCUUGAUCUCUCCUUCAACCACAUCAGGCGAAUAGAACAUGAUAUGUUCAGAUUCGAGAAACUGGAAACCCUUCUUAUUAAUGAUAAUAGAAUACAAACUAUAGAAUCAAGAGCGUUUGUUGAGAUGAGAGCUCUUAAACAUCUUAACUUGGAAGGAAACCAGAUUGUAAGCUUAAACGAUGAAUCCUUUCAAAACCUGCACAGCCUGCAGAUUCUAAAUCUAGCAUACAAUAAUCUUAGAUCUGUGAACUUUGACAGUUUGGAUUACGUUGGUUCCUUGUCUCCAACUCUACACCUUGAUCUAUCUCACAAUAAUAUACCAACCCUAGCUUCAAACCAGUCUCAGAGAUUCUCCUCUAACUCCAGGAUAAGGUCCCUUGAUAUCUCCUACAACAACAUUACCAGUAUCCAGCCUGGCUUCUUCGAGACAAUGAGUUCAUCACUUCGAACCAUUAACAUUGCAUACAACAAGAUACCUAGAGUUAACAAGGAAACUAUUGGAAGCCUUCGUAAACUCGUGGUGAUGGAUCUUUCUAACAAUUUGAUUGAUUCAAUAGAGGAAAACACUCUAGAACCAAUAACUAAUCUACAAAGGCUAAACCUAGCUAACAACAAUCUAGGAAGUAUCAAGGAUAAAACCUUCAGGAUGCAGAGAAGUCUCCAGGUCCUAGAUCUAUCAGGGAACCAGCUGCAGGAGCUACCGGAGCACAUUUUUCAGGUUUGUAGACUAGAGAUAUUCAAGAUUAGUUCAAACCUACUCAUGGAGAUACCGGUCAAAGCUUUAAACCCUGUUCAGAGCACUCUCAGGCAUUUGGAUCUUUCAAGAAACAAUAUAUCUUUAAUAUCAGAGUCUCAGCUUAGUCAAAUCCGUAGUUUGGUGGUCCUAGACCUAUCAAACAAUAGGAUUAAAGAGAUCGAUUCAAGAGCAUUCUGCUGUCUUCCUGAACUGGUUUCUCUCUCUCUUUCUCACAAUCCACUUCAGAUGUUCUCUGAUGAGUUACUAGACGGAGUGGGAACACAGCUUGAGCAUCUAGAUCUUUCAAAUACAUCCUUGUCCUUACUCCCUAAUCUAAACCUACCAGAACUAAUCAGCCUAAAUAUGUCACUGAACAAGCUGACCUUUGUGCCCUCCAGCAGUCUAGCAAACAUGUCAAAUAUUCGUGAACUGGAUUUAUCCUGGAACUCGAUGCCCUCCCCUCCUCACAACGUAUGGUAUAUCCUUCCCUACCUCGCCUCCCUGUCUCUGUCCUACAACCCUAUGACGAGUAUCAAGAAUGAAAGCUUCCUAAGCCUGGACAGGUUGCAAAGACUAGAUCUAGGAGGACUAGAGCUAACAAACGUAGAGAGUGGGAGCUUCGCAACUCUACCCAACCUGAAACAUUUAACAAUAUCAGUUAAUCAAGACAAACUGGAGAAUCUGGGAGACCUUCUCCAUUCCAACCCUGCACUGGAGGUUCUCCAUAUACACUCGAAUGGAGCCUCCUUAAAAAACCAUCUAUCCAGCUCCAGUCCUGAUUCUGGUCUACCAGAUAAACUGAAACAUAUUAUUAUUACAAGUGAAACCAUUACAAACCUUCAUCCAGCAGUAUUUAAGGGUUUACAGAGCAGAGAGCUGAGUUUAACCUUGAUCUCGGAUAAGAUCCUGGUUGAGCGAGAUUUAUUUUUAAAUCUUGGUCGAGCUCAGAACCUUACUUUAAACCUGGCAGGAAGAGUAGGAAACAGGAGUAAGGUGUCUGCAGUACUAGAGAACCCUGCCUCUAGUUACACCCUGGGAGCUCCAUAUUCGGUUUUCCUAGAGGGGUUGAAUCUAGGGGACAAGUUAUACCCAUGUAACUGUGAUAGUAUGGGAUGGUUGGGGAAGUGGCUAAGACGAUGGCGCGGCGAAAUGUGCGGUCAGCACUACAUGGACCUGGACCAAGGAGAGUGUUGGUCCAUAAUCAGGGACCUACGUCAGGCUCGAUGCAUGGAUUCUGAUGGACUUUUGUUGGACUCGUUAAAGAAGAUGGACUGUUUGUCGUUUAAUACCAGUCCCAGCAUUAUGGUAUCUACUUACCUCACUGUGAUUCUUGCCCUUAACUCAUUUCUCAGUUAAAUCCGAGUUCGAGCACAUUUUGAAACAAUAGUUUUCAAAUUAAAAUAUUAAAUUGGGUUUAAUUAUUUUAAUUAUUUAAUUAUUAACCGCUCUUUUUACUUUUAUUAUUUUUACGGGAUCUUAUGCUUACUCUGUGUCCUUGGGAUGGUUUUGUUAAGUAAUUUAAAUACAAAAAUAUUUCGCAAAAGUUUAAAGGAAUUGACUCUUUGCAACAAACUCUGAUUUUCU